AAGUGCCGCUCCCUAGUGGGGGUUGUUCAUGGCGGUUCCGGGGUCUCCAACAUUUUUCCCGGUUGUGGUCCUAAAUCCGUCCGAAGCGGAGGCACCAGAGCUUGAGGUUCUUGCUGGUGUGAAAUGACUGAGUACAAACUGGUGGUGGUUGGAGCAGGUGGUGUUGGAAAAAGCGCACUGACAAUCCAGCUAAUCCAGAACCACUUUGUAGAUGAAUAUGAUCCCACCAUAGAGGAUUCUUACCGAAAACAGGUGGUUAUAGAUGGUGAAACCUGUCUGUUGGACAUACUGGAUACAGCUGGACAAGAGGAGUACAGUGCCAUGAGAGACCAAUACAUGAGGACAGGCGAAGGCUUCCUCUGUGUAUUUGCCAUCAAUAAUAGCAAAUCAUUUGCAGAUAUUAACCUCUACAGGGAACAGAUUAAGCGAGUAAAAGACUCAGAUGAUGUACCUAUGGUGCUAGUAGGAAACAAGUGUGAUUUGCCAACAAGGACAGUUGACACAAAACAAGCCCAUGAACUGGCUAAGAGUUAUGGGAUUCCGUUCAUCGAAACCUCAGCCAAGACCAGACAGGGUGUUGAAGAUGCCUUUUACACACUGGUGAGAGAAAUACGUCAGUACCGAAUGAAAAAACUCAACAGCAGUGAUGAUGGGACUCAAGGUUGCAUGGGGUUGCCGUGUGUGGUGAUGUAACAAGAUACUUAGAAAGUUCUAGCAUCAGAAAAGAGCCACUGUCAAGCUGCACUGACACCCUGGUCCUGACUUCCCUGGAGGAGAGAGAUUCCUGUUGCUAUCUUUAGUCUCACAAAGAAGCUCCUGCUACUUCCCCAACUCUCAGUAGAUCAGUACAAUAUUCUCAGUCUGAGAAGUUCUCAGAAUAACUACCUCCUCACUUGGUUGUCUGACCAGAGAAAUGAACCUCUUGUUAUUCCCCAGUAUUUUUCCACCCUGGGUUCUCCCCUAACACACACAGAUACACCUCCACCACCCCACGUUUUUCAUCUGAGAAGCAAUUCAUGCUCUGAAACAGAGAACCAAACCAUAGACAUGAAAUUCUAUACAAAACAAUGUCUUGAGCUCUAAAGUAGCAACUGCUGGUGAUAUUUUUUCUUUUUACUGUUGAACUUGGAACUGUGUUGGGUUUUGGAGAAAUGUCAUAAAUUACUGUUUUGCUGAGAAUAUAGUUAAUGUUGCUGUUUGGUUUAUUUGUAAUGUUAUUGGCUAUAUUCUAUAAACUGGCAUCUGCUCUGUAUUCAUAAAUACAAAAGUGAAUACUGACUUUUGAGUCUAUCCUAGUCUUCUCAACUUUCAUGUAAUUAAAUCUAACUUUCACAAUGAAGUGCCUUUUUCCUAGAAUGGUUUGUAGACUUCCUUUACAGUACUUCAGUGGAAUAGAUGUCUCAAAACCCAUUAUACAUGAAAAUGAAUGUCCUAGAUAUGUCUGUGACCUGUCUACCAUGGAGGGAAAGAUACACCAGUAUGAUAGCAGAUGCCGUUUCUUACAUUUAUGAAGUUGG